UUUGAGAUGAACAAGAAGUAUCCAGCGGCACAAAAAUGGCUGUACAGAGAGUUCCCAGAACAUUAUAGGUGGACUGCCGCUAAUAAAAAAUCGCAAACGAGAAGAAGUAAGAGAUCACAGAUUGGAAGACUGGUGUAUGCACACCCUGCUGAAGGAGAGAGGUACUACUUGCGGGUGCUCCUAAGUCAUGUCCGAGGUGCCACUUCAUUUGAUGAUUUAAAACCAGUAAAUGGCAAGCCAUGCACUUCCUUCAGAGAGGCAUGUGAGCACUUAGGCCUCAUUGAGCAUGACAGGACACUGGAUGAUUGCAUGACGGAGGCAGCAACAUUUCAAAUGCCUUCUGCUCUUAGACGGUUGUUUGCGACUAUACUGGUAUUCUGUGAGGCAACACAAAUCCGUCAAUUGUGGAACAAACAUCUACCAUCGAUGGCUGAAGAUUACCGUCGCACUGAGUCGAACGAGGCAACACUUGAGCAGAUGGUCCUUAGAGAUGUCAGGGAUCUGGUGCAAUCCAUGGGUAAGGAUAUUAAAAUGUAUGGACUUCCAGAUCUGGUUGACACAGAUGGUUCUUCUGACGCCGAGUAUAGAGAGGUAACAGAGGAGAGACAAGUUAGAGUUGACCAAGAGCAUCUAGAUCUAUUUAGCUGUUUGAACAUUGAACAACUGGAUGGUUUCAACGACAUAAUGGAUCAUGUGACGAACCAAAAAAGCCAGAUAUUUUUUGUUGAUGGUCCAGGAGGCACUAGGAAGACGUACCUGUACAAGGCAUUGCUUGCGAAGGUCCGUUCGAUGGGCCUAAUAGCGAUCGCAACUGCUACAUCAGGUAUAGCGGCGUCAAUAAUGGCUGGAGGCCGGACUGCCCACUCCAGGUUCAAAAUUCCAAUCAAGCUCACUGACAACAACAUGUGUGGUUUCACAAAGCAGAGUGGUACGACAGAGUUGCUUAAACAGGCGUCCUUGAUAAUUUGGGAUGAAGUUGCUAUGACAAAGCAUCAAGCAGUUGAGACGCUUGACAGAUCGCUACAAGAUAUAAUGGAAUGUCCUCUGCCAUUUGGUGGAAAGGUUGUUGUCUUUGGUGGGGAUUUCAGGUAGGUCCUCCCCGUUGUUACACGAGGGACAAGAGCACAGAUCACGGAUGCUACACUGUUGAGAUCCUAUCUGUGGGAUAAGAUCCGCAAGAUACGCCUAACGCGCAAUAUGCGGGCACAGGCGGACCCUUGGUUCUCCGAAUACCUCCUAAGGAUUGGCAAUGGAACGGAAGAAACUAUUGGUGACGACUAUGUGCAUCUCCCUGAAGACAUUGUGAUUGGUUAUACUGAGGACGAAGAACCUAUUAACAAGCUCAUCGAAGAUGUCUUCCCAUCCCUACACACCAAUGCUAGGUCAAGGGAGUACAUGAGCAAACGUGCAAUUCUCUCGACCAAAAACGAGCAUGUGGAUGACCUGAAUGACAAGAUGAUCUCUAGGUUUCUGGGAGAAGAAAAGGUAUACCAUAGCUUUGACUCUAUCGAGGAUGACUUCCAGAAUAAUUACACGAUUGAUUUCCUGAACUCCAUCACACCAAAUGGCUUGCCCCCCAUGUCUUGAGAGUAAAAAUCAACUGCCCAGUCAUUUUGCUACGGAACCUCGACCUCAUAAUGGCUUGUGUAAUGGAACACGGCUUAUGAUCAGAGCCUUCCAGGAUAAUGCAAUUGAUGCGGAGAUUGUUGGUGGCCAGCAUGCUGGAAAGAGGGUGUUCAUACCUAGGAUCCCUAUGUCGCCAUCGGAGGACACCUCACUUCCCUUCAAGCUUAAGAGAAAACAAUUCCCCAUCUGCCUGAGUUUUGCGAUGACCAUUAACAAGGCACAGGGUCAAACCAUCCCAAAUGUCAGUAUUUACCUUCCCGAACCUGUUUUCUCACAUGGCCAGCUAUAUGUUGCAUUGUCAAGGGGUGUGUCAAGAAAGACGACACGAAUUUUAGCCAAGCCUAACAAGGAGGUUGAUAAAUCUGGGAAGAGCACCAAAAACAUUGUCUACAGAGAUGUUUUAGAGGGGUGAGGCAGGUCUUUUUAGGGACAGAGUGUGAAGCUUCCUUUACUUUGCGGUGGAGAUGAAUGAUACAAUAAACCAGGCGCCAGAUUAGCCAUAUUAGGGAACAGUCUAUGUUGUAUUCUGUGCUAUCUAAAUAUACUGUAGCGUUCUGUUCUGUUGAAGAUGUUCUCGAAUGCCAAAGUGUCCUGCAGUCUUUGAACCCCUUUCAUUUUCUUUCAUGUAAAGUUUUUUUGAAGAUGUCUCCGGCUGUUGAGUAACUUAACUUAUGUUAGCUAUGUCAUAUAUUUGUGAUGAAAACUGCAAGAGUCUAUGAGAUUUGCAGAAUGUAGUGAAGUUGAGAGGCAUUAUUACUACUGUAUGAACAUGGCUCGUUCCCGAAUCUGUGGUA